AGAAAAAAGGAGCACAUUUAUCUAACUUAUCCAAAACCAGAGUACAAACAAAUGGCUCUCCGCGCCUGUAAUCCACUUCCCUCUCUAUCUUCUUCCCCAUUUCCUUCUUCCUCCACGUCGUUGCCCAUCGCCAUUUUACCAAUUUCCAGGUUGUGGGUGAAAGCGGUUGAUUAUCAUCCUUUAAAAUGUUCAAUCGGUGCCCAGCUUGUCCAAAACAAGAAAAGAUCGGUGAUGACCGUGAAAGCAUCCGCUGAAAGUGCCGAUGACGAGCAACAGUUUCCAUCGGAGAGCAAGAAGGAAGAUUUGGGUGUGGGGAAACUUCCUUUGGAGUCUAAGAUGCAGCAGUUGGCGGAGCAGAAGAUGAGGAUGAAGCUGGCCAAGAAGAUAAGGCUUCGUAGGAAGCGACUUGUUCGCAAGAGAAAGCUGAGGAAGAAGGGACGAUGGCCUCCUUCUAAGAUGAAGAAAUUGAAGAAUGUAUGACCCUUUUGCUUACCCUUUUCAAUUUUCUUCUCUUUAUCGUGUAGAUGUUAUAUUCUGUUGAGCAGUGAUGAUCUCAAUGAACUGAAUCUGCUGUUAUUCUAUUUCAUUUUGGAAACUCAAAGAUGUAUGAUCCAAGUACUUGCCUGAUUUUUCUAUCUCUUAGGUGAAAUGCAAGCUAUUUGUUCAUUUGA